ACGCAUGUCCUUACGUGGGGAAGACAAAGGAAUACGUAGUGGUGUGCCAUUGCAGAUACGUCUUCAGUGAAUACAUUGCAGCGAACCAUUUGUGCGGAAACAUACACUGUGUAUAAGCUGGAGACCGUGGCGCAUGCCAAUGCUGGGUGGAGGAAGGAGACCCCUCGUUUUCAUGAUCACCAUGGCGACGCUAUGCAACUUCGGCCACACACACUUCAAGGAGGAAAGGCCGCUGCAGUUCAAAGAACAGUCGAGGCACUUAACUCCACAUCCUCAAAAGCAACAGGACGAAGACAGUUCUACUAAAAGCGCAAUAUUGGUGAUGUACGGGAAGAAGUGCACGUCGAUAACAGAGUGUAGCAUUCAGUUGGGCAUGACGUGCGCUCCAGCCAAUUCCACCAGCGAUUCUGGGACGUGUGUCUGCACCAAUGAGAGACCCAUCUUCGUCCCAGGGAUACAAAGAUGCGUUAUCGAGCGCAAGCUGGGUUCCAACUGUUCAUCGCCCGACUCAUGCACCGACUCAUUUACAGUGUGCCAUAAAGGCACCUGUGUCUGCGAAGAUUCGCACGAAGUCAGAGACGGCUCCUGCAUUAGCAAAGAGUCUUAUCUGUUGGAAGGAUUGUUAUCUUGGCUUGUGCCGCCUAUCAUUGCAGUUAUUGUUAUUUUUUGCCUUUGGCGCGCUAGGUUCAGGAAGUCUUCUCUGAAAUCACCGUCGCAGAUGCCACAGUACUCGCCAUCCAGACGAGGACUUCUCACCUUCGAAGCCGACACCGUGUCAGGAACCACGGCGCUGUCAUGCCCAGCACGAGGGGAGUCCUUGACUUACGCAGACAUUACCAACUCUGCUGCUAACUUAUCCCGAGCCGACGGGGACGUUGUUGACGGCUUGUCCGUUGGCGAUGAAGGUGAUCUUACGGCGCACCUCAGCACCCUGGACAACAACAGGGGGUUCUCCUUGUCCGGCGGCCACAGCCCCUGUCCGCUUCCCGUCAUUUCGGAAGACGUUUUCGCCAAGCGCUAUCCACAUCUUGCGACAGCGGGCCCUUCGCUGGAUGGGAAACAAGUGUACCGGGAUAAAGGGGACGAAAGUACCGCGAAGAAAGACAAGGAACACGCUUGCGGCAUGGUGUCUAUACGAGAAGAAAAAACGGGCGAAAUUACAACUGAAGCGGGGCCUACACCUGGUGGUCAUGACGACGGAGUACGUCAGUUGGACAAUGUUUCGAAGCCACAGGACGCGGUUGGUAGAAGUGAAGAUGGCCAAGUACACUUAACGCAAGGGGCCGAUCAGCCGCAUCAAAGCAAAGACAAACCUCCAGCGCCCACAAUCACUGGAGCGUGCUACGAGGUUACAUGGGAAACACCGGCCUUGCAUAGGUUCGCAGAAAUUCGUAAAGGCACGAACGACGACAAAAUGCAGCCGCAACGUACUCCAGAUGGGGUUUACAUCACCAUGAAGUGUCGUCGGCAGUUCACCAAAGUACGGAAUGCUGUGAGGAGUUCAACGACAUUAUCGGAAGAGUCUUCAGCGACCAGUAUUGAUGACAGCGAGAAUUGCAGUGAAAGCAGCUGCCAGCGUGACUUUUCCAUGCCGGGAACGUCAGGAAUCACAAGCACUGAUGUGCGGACAAGUACGAUGGACAGCUCAACAGUGUGUGACACGCGCUGCGAAAGAUAACUGCACGGUGUCGUCGCGUCGGUGGGUUGGCGUCCUCGGUUUGAGAAUAGUUCUUGAAAUAAAUCGUGUCUGUUUA